CGUAGAACGUCAAAUUUCAUUAAUGCGCGGGAAGAAAAGAACAGGCAGCGAGUGCAGAUGGUGUUACGGAAUCGGGGCUUGAGUGCGGCGGCUCCCACAAAUGUCACUCUCCUUAUCUAAAUGUGGCCCCCCGAUUCUCUAGUCUCGCCGUCCUAUUCCGUGACGGUUGCCCAGUUCACGAUUGAUCACUCCACCGAACGCCGCUAUUUCCACCCGCAUCCCCUUUGGCCUUUGGAUGUACAGUCUGAUACUCAACAACUGAAAUCCGUUCUCCGCAAAUGGCCUCGCCACACAUGCCUCGUGUUAAACUUGGAACCCUAGGUUUUGAGGUUUCCAAGUUGGGAUUUGGUUGUCUGGGCCUUACUGGAGUCUAUAACGCUCCUGUCCCUGAAGAGGUCGGAAUAUCCAUUAUCAAGCAUGCAUUCAGUAAAGGGAUUACGUUCUUUGAUACGUCCGACUUUUAUGGAGCCAAUACGAACGAAGUUUUGGUAGGAAAGGCCAUAAAGGAGUUGCCUCGAGAAAAAAUCCAGCUGGCAACGAAAUUUGGUAUUAAGGCAGAUGCAAAUUUCCUUACUGAUAUUCAGGUCCAGGGUACCCCCGAAUAUGUGCGUUCAUGUUGUGAAGCCAGCUUGAAACGGCUUGAUGUGGAAUACAUUGAUCUCUAUUAUCAGCAUAGGGUGGACAAGUCAGUGCCAAUAGAAGACACUGUUGGUGAACUUAAGAAACUGGUGGAAGAAGGAAAAGUUAAAUAUAUUGGGCUGUCUGAAGCCAGUCCUGAUACAAUUAGGAGAGCACAUACGGUUCAUCCCAUAACAGCUGUGCAAAUAGAGUGGUCUCUUUGGACUCGCGACAUUGAAGAAGAGAUAGUUCCGCUAUGUAGAGAGCUUGGGAUCGGAAUAGUGCCUUAUAGCCCUCUUGGUCGUGGCUUUUUUGGUGGCCGAGGAGUUGUGGAAACUGUGCCUGCAGUUAGCUCCCUGAGCUCGUAUCCCCGCUUCCAGUCACGGAAUUUGGAGAAGAACAAGAAAAUAUAUGAUCGAAUAGAACACGUUGCUAGGAAGCAUCAGUGCACUCCUGCUCAGCUAGCAUUAGCAUGGGUACUCCAACAAGGCAAUGAUGUUGCGCCUAUCCCUGGAACAACAAAGAUUAAGAACCUAGAUCAAAAUUUGGGUGUCUUAGCUGUGAAACUUACAGAUAGGGACCUCAGAGAAAUUUCUGAGACAGUUCCGAUUGAUGAGGUGGCAGGUGAUCGAUACUUCAAGAGCAGGGACCAAUUCAGCUGGAGGUUUGCUAACACGCCGCCAAAAGAUUCCAAGGGCUCAAUAUGAACGGAGAAGGCUGUAAUUUGUGUUCUGAAGGUAACUAUGACGGCAAUAUCAGCAAGCUAUGAACAUAGGCUUCGGAAACCAGGUAAUAGAUACGAUGAAUAAUAGCCUGGGUUUGACGUUUUGAGAAUGGGGCAUUCUUAAGUUCUAAAUCUAUGUGCGAGAUUGUCCUUGGUAAUAUUUCCAAAAUAUGAAUUAUAUAUAUACAUGUAUAUAUUAUUGUAUUAAUACGAUGUGGGAUUCGUUGCGCA